UUUGACAAUUAAAGUAUCUUUUAAGCGAAUUUUCAUAUAAAUAAUGAAUAGUGUUCAAGUGAUAAGUGCAAAUAAAACUUAUGGCUAUAAAGAUGACCAAGUAUCUGUUCUGAAUAAUUUCAACAUGUUAGUCCCUCACGGUAAAAUUUACUGCCUUCUCGGUUCAUCUGGAUGUGGUAAAACCACAUUGAUAUCGUGCAUUUUGGGUGUAAAAAAGUUAGAUUCUGGUUACAUAAAAGUCCUACAGGAGAUAGUGUCACACAAACGACCACAUAGCUGCAUAAAUUCAAUUGGAUAUAUGCCUCAAAAUAUUGCACUUCCAAUGGCUAUGUCAAUAAAAGAAAUCGUAACAUUUUUCGCAAAUAUUAGUCAAAUGGAUAUGAUGUCAUUUAAGGAACGAUACGAAAUGUUGAUGGAAAUGUUGGAAUUAAAAUCUGAAAAUGCCUUAAUUGAGGAUCUUUCAGGUGGUGAAAAGAGACGAGUUUCAUUUAUUGUUGCUUUAAUUCACAAUCCACAAUUGCUGAUUCUUGAUGAGCCAACUGUUGGACUGGACAUAAUGAUUGUUAAGAAAAUUUGGGACUUUAUGAGAACAUCUGUAAAGCUGAAUUCAAAUUUAACAAUUUUGAUGUCAACGCAUUAUCCACAUGAAGCUGAAAAAGCAGAUAUUUGUGGAUUUAUGAGAAACGGAAAGCUCCUAGUUGCUGAUUCUCCAAAAACAAUUAUGAACAAUUUAAAUGCUCCAAAUCUUGAUGAAGCAUCUUUAAGGUUGUGUUAUGACAAGUCAAAUGAAGAAAUUUUAGAAAGUAAGCAAAUUAAUCUAUCUGUGACUGAUAUGAUUGAAGCUGAUAAUCAAAUUUAUGAGUUUAAAAGAAAAAUUAUGGAAAAACGAACAAUCAUGGCGUUGAUCAGAAAGAAAGUGCUGUGGACAAAUCAUUCAAAAGCGAUAAUUUUAGCCACUUUAUUGCCACCUUUGUAUCUCUUUAUCCUGUUGAUAUUCACGAUUGGUAGACAGCCACAAGACUUGAAAAUCGGUAUCAUCAACGAUGACACAAUAGACUGCAGCAAAUUGAUAUCAAGGAGCAUCCAAUAUGAUUGCAGAAAUGAGGGUCUCUCAUGCUUUUUCAUCGACAGUAUUCCUGACUACAAAAUUCAAAAAUUAGUUUAUAUAUCUUCUGAGCAAGCAGAAAAAAACUCACAAAAAGGAAUAAUUGAAGGAUAUAUAUACAUUCCUUCAAACUUUUCAGUAGAAUUUUUGAAGAUUCAAAAUGUUUUUGACUUUGCUGAAUUAAAUAAUAGUCACACCAGUGUGUAUCUUGAUAGAUCCAACAUCCACAAAAGUGAAUUUACAAAAGGUGCGAUUACUAAAGCUUUUGAAGACUUUAUAGAUGAUGUGAUGCCAAAAUGUGGUCAACAGCCACAUUUGUUCAAAAGUAACAUAAUUGUAAGAAGCUACAAAGAUGAAACAUUGAAGUUGAACUUGGAAACUGAUAGAUCGACUAUGCCUGCUGUAUUCUUGCUAUUUACUGUAGCUAGCGGUAUAAAUUUACUGGUCUUUUCACUGCAUCAAUACAAGUUUGAAGAAGUUUGGAAUAGAAUCUUACUUUGUGGUGUCAACGUUCAUCAACUCUUAAUAAUUGAAGUUAUCAUCAGCCUCAUUGUUGCUAUUUGCCACGUUCUUUUAACAUUGCUUAUUAAAAUGAUAUUCUGGGACGAUAUACAAGUUGAAGAUUAUCUUGCAGUAAUGAUUAUUGUAGGACUCACAAGUUUAAUUGGAUGCAUGAGCGGAUUGCUGGUUGCAUCAUUAAUUGACAAUUUUUUUGCCAUAUCUUCAAUUUGCUUCUCAUUAAUGAUGAUCUUUUCUUUUUCUGGUGGUGCCGUCUUUCCAUAUGAAGGAAUGGAUCAAUAUCUAAAAAUGCUGUUUAGAUAUCUUCCAACUGGAUUGCCAUCUAUUUCAUUUAAUAAUGUAAUAUUUAAGGGUCAUGGUUUGAAACAUGUAAAUGUCUACAGCAGUAUUUUCUUACUGACUUUGUGGAUUAUUGGAUUAUUUUUAAUAAGUUAUUUUUAUUUAAUAAAGCGAAAGUACAGAAAUUUUUAA